AUGAUUGGUAUUAAAUUAAUACAAAACCUUAGUUCCUUGACUGCAGGUAUACCAGAUAAUGAAAUUCGAAUGCUGCUUAUUGGAAAAACCGGAGUGGGCAAGAGUACAACUGGAAACACCAUUCUCGGAUUCAGAGCAUUUGACACAAAGACCUCUGCCACAUCAGUUACAAACCAAGUCCAAUUUAAUUCUUCUGAACGCUUUCAGAAAAAUCUUCUCGUUGUUGAUACUCCGGGUCUUUUUGAUACCAAUAAAACAAAUGAAGACGUAAAACUUGAAAUUAUGAAGUGUUUUGGAAUCACUUCACCAGGUAUACAUGCUAUUCUGUUAAUUGUUCAAAUUGGAAGAUUUACGGAUGAGGAGAAAACUACCGUCGAUUUCUUCUUAGAGGUAUUUGGAAAAGAUGUCAAGAAUUACCUCAUGGUAGUGUUUACCGGUAAAGAUAACUUAGAUGAUGAAGGCACAUCGAUAGAAAGUUACGUCGAAACAUACGAUAGCAAAUCUAGUCUGAAAAUCCUUCUAGACGAGAUAAACGGCAGAUACACAGCCAUAGGGAUGGGGGGAAACACAAUCAAACGCGAGAACGAGGUCAAACAAAUUAUCAAGAUUAUUGAAGACAUGAACAAAAAGAACAAUAAUAAAGGUUACACGAAUGAGAUGUACGAAAAAGCCGAGGCUAUACAUAGACAGAAGCAAGAAGAGUAUGUUAAAAAAAACAUGGAAACCGGCAAAGGGUAUACAGAAUCUGAAAUGAAUAAAAUGCGCUUGGACGCUAGAAAGGAAGAAAGAAUACAUAAUAAUAAGGAUAAUGAGAUACGAAUUUUACUUAUUGGAAAAACUGGUGUUGGAAAAAGCACGACUGGCAACACGAUACUUGGUUUUAGAGCAUUCAAUGCCAAGCUUUCUGGAAGUUCAGUGACAACCGAAACACAGUUUAAUAGAACAAAACGAUUCAACAAAAACUUGGUCGUUGUUGAUACACCUGGUUUAUAUGACACGAACAAAACAAACCACGAAGUUAUAUUGGAAAUAUCUAAAUGUUAUGGAAUCACAUCGCCUGGACUCCAUGCAAUUAUACUGGUGCUUCGUAUAGGACGGUACACAACUGAAGAACAGGACACUGUCGACUUCUAUUUAAAUGCCUUUGGGAAGAAUGUCAAAAAAUAUUUGCUUAUAGUUUUCACUGGGAAAGAUCGACUUGUUAAUGACAAUAUGACAGUGAAAGAUUAUGUGAACACAUUAAAUAAAACUUCAAAUUUACGAAUUCUCAUCGAUGAUAUCGAUGGAAGGUAUACUGCAAUUGGGUAUAGGGGCAAUCCGUCAGACCGUGAAGCGGAAGUCAAGCACAUCCUUGCAAUGAUUGAAGAGAUGGGGAGAAAGAAUGGUCAUUCUUUUUAUACUAAUGAGAUGUUUAAGCAGGCUGAGGCCCUUCUCAAAGAACGUGAGAAAUUGCGAAAAACACAAGAAGGGCAACAAAGCAAAGUUAACGUUGAUGCGAGGCAUACCACACGAAUAGAAAUCACGAAUAACAAUAAUCAAGAUGGAAUUUUAUCAGGUUUAUUUAAUAUUGUGUCCUCUACAGUAUCUUUUCUUGGCAGAGGAAUUGUAGGAACUGCAAGAUUCAUUGGAGGGCUUCUUUUUGGCUGAAUCCAAAU